AUGGCCUCGCAGGGGGAGGAGCCGGCCGGGGGGGACCAGGGCCCGCGGCCGGCCGGGGGCCACGGCCACCGGGACCGGGACCGGGACCGGGACCGGGACCAAGGGGAAGAGGGGCCCCCGGCCCCCGGCCCGCAGCCCCCCGAGGGCGGCUUCGGCUGGCUGGUGGUGGCGGCCGCCACCUGGGGCAGCGGCUCCAUAUUCGGCAUCCACAACUCCUUCGGGAUGCUCUUCGAGAUGCUCAAGGACGAGGCCAAGGACGACCCCAACCUGGAGUUCAAAACGGCGUGGGUCGGAGCCCUGGCCAUGGGCAUGAUCUUCUUCUGCUCCCCCAUCGUGAGCAUCUUCACCGACCGGAUGGGGUGUAGGACCACCGCUGCCUCGGGGGCUGCCAUCGCCUUCACCGGACUCCUCGCCACAUCCUUCACCAAUUCCCUGAGCAUUCGCUACUUCACGUACGGCAUCGUCUUCGGCUGCGGCUGCUCCUUCGCUUUCCAGCCCUCCCUGGUCAUCCUAGGUCACUACUUCCGCCGGCGGCUGGGCCUCGCCAACGGCAUCGUGACGGGCAGCAGCAGCAUCUUCUCCAUGUCCUUCCCCUUCCUCCUCAAAGUCAUGGGCCGCAGCAUGGAGCUGGCCCACAUCUUCCAGGUCCUGAGCGUCUUCAUGUUCGUCCUCAUGCUGCUGUCCCUCACCUACCGGCCCCUCCUGCCGCCCUCCACCGAUUCCCCGGCCCAGCCGGGAGGCCACAGCCCCAAGCCGCAGUGCCUGGCUCACCUCCGCAAGUACUUCAACCUGGGCAUCUUCCGCCAGAAGACCUACUGCAUCUGGUCCUUUGGCAUCGCCACCGCCGCCCUGGGCUACUUCAUCCCUUACGUGCAUCUGGUUAACUACGCCGAGAAGGAAUUCCAGGCCACGGAGAAGAAGUGGGUCCUCCUGGUGUGUGUCGGCGCCACGUCCGGCAUCGGCCGUCUACUGUCCGGCCGCGUCGGCGACUUCAUUCCCGGCCUGAAGAAGAUUUACCUGCAGGUGGUGGCAUUCCUGCUCCUGGGUUUGAUGUGCAUGAUGAUCCCCCAGUGCCAAACCUUCGAAGGCGUCGUGGUGGUCUGCCUCUUCCUCGGGCUGUGCGACGGUUUCUUCAUCACCCUGAUGGCGCCCAUCGCCUUCGAGCUGGUGGGCCCCAUGCAAGCGUCCCAGGCCAUCGGUUACCUCCUGGGCAUGAUGUCUCUUCCUAUAACCGCCGGCCCCCCGAUUGCAGGGUACCUCAACGAUCGACUGGGGAACUACCACCUGGCCUUCUACUUUGCGGGCGUGCCCCCCAUCCUCGGGGGCACCAUCCUCUUCUUCGUGCCCCUGGUUCACCAGAGGAUGCUACCCCGGGGCCAGCCAGACUCCGGCCAGGACAAAGCAGUCGCCACGGAGACCGUCCUGAACGGGAAACUGCUGCCUGGCUCACCUGCCACCGAGGCACCCAUCUAAGGCCACCCUGACGCCCCCCACCCCACGUUCGCCCUCGAGCCAGCAGCACCCCCUGCCCCCUCUAGCCCACGCCCCUGGCUGUGAUGGCCAUGCCCUCCCCGGGGGCACCUUCCAUCCGCCCUGUGCCCGCACCGGGGAGAGUCACGGCUCGUUUUCGGUGCCCGGUUUUGGGGGGGCCUGGGAUGAAGGGACUGCUCCAGGGAGGCGUCGAAUGGGAUUCGACCCUGGAGAACCACUCACCUCUGGCUUGGGUCCAUCCGCCCUUGGAGGGAAAGGGGCCAGGAGGGCGUCAGGGGGAGCUGGGGCUGGGGGGCCACACCUAGAUAAGGGCUGAAAGGCUGGCCCUCUUAUAGACUCCGCACCCUCCUUCUGAUCCUCCUCCUCCUCUUUCUCCUGCCCCCAUCCUGUCCCCUCUCCUCCCUACCCUCGCUUGAGCCACGUCUGGGUGGCAGGUGGAGGCAGGCAGAGGUCAACAGCUGGGCCGGGGCCACCUAUCUCCCUCCAUCCGCUCCCAGAUCCCGGUGUCAAAGCCCAGCUUUUUUAAAACAGCCGCCAAGGCCGUCUUUUUAAAAACCAAACACUCAAGCAGAGCCUAAGUCUCUACCGCCUGCUCACCCGUUGGUGGGGAAGGCUUGUCUCUACCUUCCCCAUGGGCCGAAGAGGCCGGACCAGGCUCUGCGCUCUGCCGGUGCACAUCCUGGGCCUGGAUCAGAGCCCCCAGCCAGGCCACCGUGGCAUCAGGGCAACCCACCUCCCGUGCCAAUUUCCUGGCACCCGACUGCAGGGAGCUGUCGGGGGCAGAGAGGAGGCAGCUGAGACCCCAGGGUGUUUCCAGCACCAUCAGCCUUUGGGCUCUCGCUGUCCAGGCGGUCAGGGCUGGCCAUCCCACCCUCGAUCUGCACCGACAGAGGCACUUUUUACCACUUCCCGAAAGUUCAAGGGUCCCCUGGAUGAUGCACCCCCAGGGACAGGGAUCUCCUCCCUUGGGGCCACUCUGGAGCACCCACCUACUCUCCUGGUAACAGCAAGGUGAGCAGCCACCCCUUGGGACGGAGGGCAGAAUGGGUAAACCAAAACCAGGAAUGGGAGAGAUCCCCCUAAUCCCACCCAGCUGCAGCCUGAGGCCUCGGCUUCAGGAGAAGUUCUCUUCUUUCCUCGCCAUCCCUCCCUCUCCCCUGGCUGGCUCCAGUUGAGGAGGCUGGGACCUCGGAGAUGGGGUGGGGUUGGAGGGGAGGACAGGCCGAUGACCCUGGUGAUCCCUAGAAGGCCCAUGGUGCCCCACCCAAAUUUGCUUUGCCCUGGGGGGAGAGAAAGAGGCCUGGAUUUGGGGAGCCCCAGGCUCACCCCUUUGCCUGGGGUUCGUUCCUACCCGGAGGAGACAUUAGUCUCUGAGGGAGGUGAAGGCUUUGGUUGCCAUGACGAUAAGGAGUCCAGACCGGCCAAAGGGAAGAAAGCAGGAGCCUGAGUUUUCCUUUCAGGCUCUAGGCCCUAAAGUUAGGACUACCCUAGCUCCAGGCCCCCCUCCCAAGCCCCUGUGGCCACUAGCUUGGGACUGCCACCUAUGCCACCAAAGGGAAUGGAUGCGGAGAACUGGUAUUGUGAAUGACACCCCUCCCGCCUCCUCCCCCCGCACCACCCUGUAAAUUUCUGUCUACAUUGCCAUUAGCACUUGUGUAAAAAAGCCAAAAUACAGCCCCCAAAUGAGGAGCAGCAAGGUGGGGAGAAUAGGGGUGUGAAUUCACUGCCUACUUACUCUCCUGAUUCCCUUCCUCUCCUGGCUCGCCAUCAUAUAGCAUAGGACACCAUCCUUCUGGUGAGCCUGAGGAGGGAAUGGGGAGAAUGGUGUAAAAAGCAAUGCUUUGCAUUCAUUCGUUCAUUCAAUAGUAUUUAUUGACUGC